AGUCACCUUUCGAAAAACAAACGGAACAGAUUGUUGUCGUGAAUCCAGCGAAUCCAGUAAAGUGAUUUUGUCGAUUUUGCUUGUUUUUUUCGGAAUAUUUCUGUUUUUCCUUAUCUAAAACUGAAAUACCAUCAUGGAUAUGGAAAAUUUGGAGAAAAACUCGAUUGCCGAAUUGGUCGACGAGCAAACCAAGCUGCAGGAGAAAAUGCAUUCGGCCAUCGAGGGCAUCAGCCAGGAUGCCCAAACAGCGUCCAAUGAGAUGGUGCGAUCGAACCACAAAGAGGCACUCGUGGAGCUCGAAUGCAGAAAGGAGUGGGAAGAAAGUUUGCCCAGUUUGGUGAAUCCGGCUUGUUCGGUCAAGCGAGAUCUUCCCCCGGAACUGGUGAACCUCUACGAGCAGGAACGGGAGCUGGAACGCGGCCUGCAUCGCCGUCGGGAAGCGAUUCAAGCCCUGCUGGAUGAAUCAGCAAACACCAAAUGGGCGGACAUCGAUUCGGCACGUCGCAAAGCGACUUUCCUCCGGCAGCAGUUCCUCCAGAAGAAGACCGAAGAGGAACGGGUUCGCGCUGCGAUCCAGGAGGAACGCGACAACGCAGCGGAGCGGAUCGAAAAGCUGGCCAAACUGUUGGAGGAAAUGAAACAACGGAAGCGACGUCUGGAGGCCAAUAAUGUCCAACAGAAGCAGGAUUCAAAGCAUUUGGAUAAUGACCUGGAUCGGUUGGUGCGUGAGCUGAACGCGUUGAAGACAUCGAACAAUAAUUAACAAGGCGGAGAAAAAUGUGCGCAAAGGUAAACUACUGAACGUCCGCGACUGAAUUUUUAGUUUUAUUACGUUGCUUUUAUUAUUAUUCUAAAUGUUCAAAACUAACUAAUUCAUUUAGUUUCUUCUGGCAUUAGAUCUGAUGUUUCAUGUGAUACAGUAACUUCUGUAUGUUUUUGUAGAACUUUGUUAAUAAAUCGCUGGUUCUUCUUCUGAA